AUGGCUUCAUCGGCCAGCACUGGCCCAGGGGCAGAUGACGGUGGCCGCAGGAAGCCCCGCCUGGCAGCCUCAUUGCAGAUUAGCCCCAGGCAUCCUUCUGCCAGCCCGGGCCAAGAUCCCUGGCAGCCUCGGCCUGUCCCCAGCGUGGACAGUGAGGGGGGUGGGCAGGCCCUGGCCUCGGCUCUGGGGGACGGUGGGCCCUUGGUAGCGGCUGGAGUUGGAGUACUGGGGACAGCUCAGGCGCGGGAAGACUUUGAGCGACCGAUGGGAAGAUCCCCGAGGGUCUCUGUCCCACCUACAGGGCCCGCGGGGGAUUUCCCGAAGGCGGCCAGACAGCUGGGCCUGCAACUCAAAGAUCUGCCGCCUGACCAGGCCGUGGCCUCGCUCACACAGUACGCGGCCCGUCUAGGAGUCUCCCUGAUCUUCCGAGAGGACCAGACGGCAGACCCCUGCUGCCCCUUCUCUGUAUGGGUGGAACUGAAUGGGGUGGCCUGCCCUGCGGGCACCGCCAACAGCAAGAAGGAGGCGAAACAGCAGGCGGCUCUCUCUGCCCUCAGCUACAUCCAGAGUCAGCUGGAGAGCCCAGGACAAAAGGCGGGAGGGCAGUCCCUAGCACCCAUGACAACCCACACCCUUGUCUCUCUUCCAGAGUCCCCAAAGACCCCCAGCAGGCCUCCACUUGACAAUCUGAAUGUAGAGAACAUCCUGACCCACGAGCAGCGCUGCGCAGCUGUGGUCAGCGCCGGCUUUGACCACCUGGUGAAUGAGGCUUCACCUUACCGGGCCUGUAAGGGGACUGUGGCUGCCGUCAUCCUGGAGAGAGAGGUCCCGAGUGCCAGGGGCCAUACCAAGGAGAUCUACAAGCUGGUGGCACUAGGCACAGGCAGCAGCAGCUGUGCUGGCUGGCUGGAGUUCUCAGGCCGGCAGCUCCAUGACUGCCACGGUGUGGUCAUCGCCCGCCGGGCCCUGCUGAGAUUCUUGUACCGGCAGCUCUUGCUGGCAACACAGGGUGGCCCCAAGGGCAGGGAGCUGUCCGUGCUGACGCCCCAGCCUGGGCCUGGGCUCCCCUUUGUCCUCAAGCCCCGGAUCUUCAUACACUUCUACGUCAGCAACACCCCCAAGGGAGCUGCUCACGACAUCUACCUCCCGCCGCCGUCCUCAGAGGGCUGUCUCCUGCACAGCGCCCCCUUCCGCCUGCAGGCCCACAUCCGAGGGGAGCUGAAGCCCGUGUGCUUCGUGUCCCCCACGAUCCGGGACACCCACGUGGGCUGCCUCUCGGCCAGCGACAAGCUGUCACGCUGGACUGUGUUGGGACUGGGUGGCGCCCUGUUGGCCCAUUUCUUGCCUCCCCUCUAUGCCACCAGCCUUGUCCUGGCCGACCCCUGCCACGACCCUCCCACUCUGAGCAGUGCCAUCCAUACCCGGCCCAACCUGGAUAGGGUCGUGGGCGCGUGCCUGCCACCUCCGUAUGCCCGUACCGCGCUGCACCUGUUUUCGGGCCCCCCCGUGGUUCCUUCAGGCCCCACCUCCAACACCUGCCGUGACGUGAGCCUCAACUGGAGCCUGGGGGACCCUGAUGUCGAGGUUGUGGAUGUCACCACCGGGCGUGUGAAAGCCGACGCUGCCCUCGGGCCUCCCUCCCGCCUCUGCAAGGCAGCCUUUCUCCGGGCCUUCCGCCAGGCUGCCCACGCCCUCGGAAAGUCCCACCUCCUGGCCUUGAAGACCUACGAGGAGGCCAAGGCUGGGUCCCACCAGGAGGCUCGCCAGCAGCUCUCGCUCCUUCUGGAACAGCAGGGCCUGGGGGCUUGGCCCUCGAAGUCACUGGUGGGCAAAUUCAGAAACUGA